CGUGGGCUGCCGCUACAGGAGCAGAGAAACCUCUGAGUCAACCGUACGGGGCAGGACACCACCGAGCAGCCUCACCGAAGAGCACGAAACCCACAGGGCAUCUAAAAACACUAAAAAUGACAGCCACAAAGCCACAGAGCAUGCUCCGAGAAGCCUCUCGUCAGGUCAUCGCCGGUGGAUCCGCUGGUCUGGUAGAGAUCUGCUUGAUGCAUCCCCUCGAUGUGGUGAAGACGAGGUUUCAGAUCCAAAGAGGAACCACUGACCCCACCAGCUACAAGAGCCUGGGUCACUGCUUCCGGACAAUUUUCCAGAGUGAAGGAGUAUUUGGAUUCUACAAAGGAAUCCUGCCUCCUAUUCUGGCAGAGACACCAAAGAGAGCAGUCAAGUUUUUCACCUUUGAGCAGUACAAGAAGUUGCUGAAUUUGACCCCUUUGUCUCCCGGUGUGGCGCUGUCUGCAGCAGGGCUUGGUUCUGGCUUGACUGAGGCUUUAGUGAUCAAUCCAUUCGAGGUGGUGAAAGUCAGUCUCCAGGCCAACAGGGAUUCCUUCAAAGAGCAGCCCUCCUCUUUUGCCCAAGCAAGACGGAUAAUUAAGUCAGACGGCUUUGGACUGAGGGGCCUUAAUAAAGGAUUAACAUCAACACUGGGGCGCCAUGGAGUUUUCAACAUGAUCUACUUUGGCUUCUACUUCAAUGUCAAGGACGCUAUUCCUACCAGCCCGGACCCUACCCUAGAGUUCCUGCGCAAGUUUACCAUCGGCCUGUUGUCUGGGACCAUCUCCUCCUGUGUGAAUAUUCCCUUCGAUGUAGCCAAGAGCCGGAUCCAGGGCCCCCAGCCAGUGCCAGGAGAGAUCAAGUACCGCACCUGCUUCCAAACCAUGGCACUAGUGUACCGCGAAGAGGGGUAUUUGGCACUAUAUAAGGGAUUGGUUCCCAAGAUAAUGAGGCUUGGACCAGGUGGAGCAGUAAUGCUGUUGGUCUAUGAAUAUGUGUCUGAGUGGCUGCAGAGAAACUGGUAACAAAACAGAGAACCCCACAAUGGUGCCUUAUGAACUGUGCCUUAUUGCAAGUAUUGUUACCUGAUCAGAGUCAUAUCAGAAUAAAUUCGAUUUUUUUUAUCUUAAAUACAAAAAACUCAAAAUACCAAAUCCGCAUUAUAUUAUGUUUUAAAAUGCAGCUUUCAUUUCCCAUAUUCAAAAUGCUACAACAUAUUAUGAGUCUGAAGGAACUGUUCUUUACCUGAAAACAGUCUUCAUUGAGUUUAAAAUCAUUGACAAAUCAGUGUUCCUAAUGAAGUCAUGCAUUAACAUAGUGUUUUCACAUUUCAUUGGUUGUAGUUCUCAUGCUUUUCUUCUUUUUUGUGCUCAUCUCACUGGUUUGGUGCACCAAUCACAGAUUAAAUAGACAAAGACAAAGUAGACUGAGCUGAACGCUUCAGAAUAUGAACUCUAUUUAUAUAGAAAUACUUGAAAUGUGUUCAAAUGACAUAAAACACCAAAAAUAGAGUGAAGGCAUUUUUGUGAUUAUCCUGAUUUCUGUCUAUUUACAGCUAUACUUGAACACAUAUCCUCAAUUAAGAUGAGUUUGUGCAACGAUCCAUCUCCAGUCUCCUAUUUUAUCACAUCAUAAUAUAUAUACAUAUUCAUCUUUUUAUGGUAUAUGUAUUCAUAAAUGCAAAUACAAGAUGCAAUCAGGAAGUUCAGACACAGUGCGUAUAAAACAGUAAAAUCAUAUUUAAAUUUAAAUUCAGCAGCCUUCAAGAACACCUCAUUGUGCAGCAAAGCACUGCUCCCAGUGCUACUGCAACUUUUGGAGGAUUCCUUGGAAGUCUGCUUUUUGAUUACACCUAUCUUCAUCCAUGUACUACUGAGCCUUAGCAGAAAUAGUGUUUUAAUGUCUAACAAGAACACUGACGCUUAUUGCAAACGUUUUUAAUGCAUAUGUUUUUGCCGGUUUGUUCUUAAUACGCUGAUCAAACUUGGCACCAGAAGCCAGUGGCAUCGCAAAGGCACGCAGAGAGUCUCUUUUGAUGUCGUUCCAUAAUUAUACUGGAUGCUGGGGGCAACCGUCCUGCCUGAGACAAUCAGUCACAAAACUGUCAACAUCUUUGGGAGCUUCCUGUUUUCCACGUUAUUUAAAACAACAACAACAACAACAAUUUAACAUGCAGUUCAGUUUUUUCAAUAAUCAUUUUCUGGCUUUGUCAAGAUAGGUGCUAUGGAAAAUAUGAAGGUUUUGCUUGCAGCAUGCCACUGUCAACAUUAACCCUGCACCAUGAAAAUGGACAGUGUUCAAUGGGAUUCUUCUGUUUUUAAUGUACCUCCAAAAAAAAUCAGAGUUUUAUAUGUUUUCAAGGUUUUAUUGAUAAAAUGUUGUGUGGAUUUUCCUUUUUAAGUCUUUCCUGAAAAAAAAAACCUCAAAACAAAAUUAACAACUGGACAGUUCUUGCAUGUAUUGCUAACAAAUAAAAAGAAAAAAUGAACCCACACUUUCGUCACUGUAUAAUUGUGUGUUGCGUGUCCUGUAACAGUAGAUUCAUGUUGUUGUUUUUGUCUUAACUGGGACCGUUUCAUCUUGGCAUUGCUAUAAGAAUAUCCCCUUUCUACAGUUUGCCACUUCAUCACUCUCCUUUUUGUCAUCCGAGCGCUUCGUAGCCAACUUAGUGUCAGUCUUUCUCUCUCUGGCGGGUAGUCAGCGCUCGAACAUUUAGUGCAAGCUAAAAUAACAAGCCCCAAGAAAUUCAAAUGGGGCUGCAGGAAUCGAGGGGGUUACCACACACAUUCUCUUUCUCUCUCUCGCAGUCUGUUUCUUAUACAAAUAUUCAAAAACACAUAUAUACACACACCUGUUGCACAGCCUUAGGCAUAGUGGCUUCUCUAAGAGACUCAUCUUAACUUCAUCUGGUAGCUGGUAUAGUGAGCCACGUUGGCAUUUGACAGUCAUCAUUAAUGUGGGAGUCACUCUCUGCCAAAAUGGAACGGCUCCUAGUUUUUGCCUAGGGGCCCGCGGUGAGAGACUAACAACUGUGGCUUGCAGACUGAUGGAAUUGUAAGCGCUUAACCUGUCCUUUAUGUAAUGGAGUUCUGAAUCUGUAUCUGUAUUUUAAAAGCUUGUGCAACUUUACCAUGAAUUCCCUGCACACUGCAAUAAUCAUAAAUCUUGUCUCCCUCACGUCAUUUUCUUUGCGCCCUUUAUAUGGAUUUUCCCACCCUCGUCUGUAACAUCUCAAUUCAGUGGCUCCGCUUUGACAGGGCUGCAACCUGGGCAUGGCUCUACCUGUCUUUCCCAGUGCAAAUGUGGUUAAUGAUUAGUAUAUUAAAAUGUCUGCAAUUUACACUGUAGGUAAAAAGCAGUCAGCCAUGCAUAUACACACACAAAGACACGGCACCAGACGUGAUUUUUAAAAACACGGCACUUAUUUUUUUCCAUUUUGCUCACCUGUCUCCUCACUGUUGUUGUUUUAAGACAUUAAGAAAACAUUCUGGCUGUUGUCAGCUGCUUUUAAAAGUGUUCAUUGAGCAGAAGCACGCAUGAAGUCCUGUAUUCAGCCGGUAUUACUUUCUCUGCUCUGUGUUACUCUGUAAAUGGCUGUCUUGCUUCUAAUUG